AUGAUGCAGGACGCAAAUGCAUGUGCUUUGCAUGCUAAAAGGCAAACUCUCAUGGCAAAGGACAUCCAUCUUGUCCUAAAAUUACGUCCCUUAGUCACCUCAGCAAAUCGUAUUGAUGAAGUUUGUUCAAAAGAGGUCGCACAAGAACAAUCAAACCAAGAUUGUGAAGAUGACCUGAAUGAUAAUGACUACCAAGAGGAAGAAGAGUCAGAAGAAUCAGACGAUGAGGAUGAAGAAGAGGAUUAG